CAUCAUUUUGAGGUUAGGUCUUUUCAUGUGUCACAUGGUGUAAUGGACAAUGAUUUCGUAGUUUAAUUUUCUCUCGUUCAAUAAGUCCACAACUGUAGUCGACAUGGCUGUCAAUAAAACUGAAGCUCAUCGUCCGGGACCUUACAAACAAUCCAACAAAGCUCACAAAACUGGACGUCACCGUAGCAAAGGCCAAAUAGAUGCUGCUGUCAAAGGUAAAAGUGUACUUCAUCAUGCAAUCAAAAAACAUACAAAGAAGCAGAAGAGGAUUGAAAGAAAGAAUAUCGGUGUUCAGUUAAGAAAAAAGAAGGUAGAGGAGGCUUGUUUCUUGAAGAGACGUGGUCCGAAGGACCCACCCUUCUUGAUUGCAGUAGUUUCCCUGAAUGAGGUGUUAAGCCCUUUCAAAUUGCUUGAGUUGUUUGAAAAAGCAGAUGAAGGAGCCACUAUUUCUCAUUCCGCCCAAGGCUACAUGCAUAUGAGUUUGCCAAUUAUGAAACAGCGCUUUACAAUAAUGGCUCUCGACACCAAGGACCUAUUUAAACUGCUGGAUGCUCUCAAGGUUGCUGACAUUGUAAUUUUUGCAAUACCCGUAGCAGGUAUAGACGAACUAGGGGAACUUGCCAUCACAUCAAUUUUAGCGCAAGGUCUGCCAACUUACUCAGUUACAAUCACUGGUUUGCAGUAUCUUCCUAUCAAUAAACAUAGCGCAGCAAAACAUGAUAUUCAAAGAAGUUUGACCCGCUGGUUACCAGAGGAGAAACUACAGUGUUUGGACAAGCCUUCAGAUGCUCUAAAUUUGUUUCGAAGAAUUAGCGGUCAAAAAAAGAGGAGCGUUAUCCAAAGGGAUAGACGUGCUCAUUUACUGGCUGAGAAUCUAGACUUCAAACUCGAUUCUGAUGUAGCAAAUUCUGGUACCUUGGCGAUCAGUGGCUACCUAAGAGGCCAGUCUCUUUCAGUCAAUUCCCUGGUCCACAUUCCUGGUGUUGGCGAUUUCCAGAUGUCAGAAAUCUGGUCUCCAGGUGAUCCAUAUCCCCUGAGUGAGUUGGCAAAGAAAAUUGAGUCAAGUCCAAUUGCUCUAGCAAAAGCAGAUCCAGCUCUACAGGAAUCUUUGGAGAGUGAAAAUACACCAGACCCAAUGGACGCGGAACAAACUUGGCCAACAGCAGAAGAACUUCAACAAGCUGCAGAAAAUAGGAAAAAGAAAGUUAUCAAAGUUCCCAAAGGUUUCUCGGAGUAUCAAGCGGCCUGGAUCAUGGAAGAUGCGGAAGAAGUUGAAGAAAGCGGUAACAGUGGUGACGAAGAUGAGGAAAUGGAAGUUCCAGCAGAUGAUGCCGAUUCAGACGCAAAGUCUGCAGCCUCAGAAGAAGAGUAUGACACCUUGACUGUCACUUCAGAAGCGCCUAUGGGUGCUGAAAAGUAUGAUGCGCAAAUGGACAUAGAAGGAGAGCAGAAACUCCUACAAACUUUGAAAGAUGCAAAAACAGAUGCAGCUUUUCCUGAUGAGGUUGACACGCCGCAAAAUAUGCCAGCUCGAGUGAGGUUCCAGAAAUAUCGUGGUCUUCAGUCCUUCCGCACUUCACCCUGGGACCCAAAAGAAAAUCUGCCAUUGGACUAUGCUAGAAUAUUUCAAUUUCAGAAUUUUGAUAGAACCAAAAAAAGAAUAUUGAAAGAGCAAGAGGAGAAAGAAUGCAUACCUACCCCUGGAACAUAUAUCACAGUCUUGGUGAAAAACGUGACGAAAGAUCAGUAUCAGUCUUUAAUAUGUCAGCCAACUGUGCUGUAUGGAUUAUUGCCUUAUGAACAAAAGAUGUCUGUUUUAAAUCUAGUACUGAGGAGAUCCAUUCUAGAUGAAGAGCAGCUUCCAAUCAAAUCCAAAGAACCCAUGGUUUUUCAAUGUGGUUAUAGGAGAUUUAAAGCAUGUCCUGUCUUUAGUCAACACACGAAUGGUGCCAAGCAUAAGUUUGAACGAUAUUUUCAACCAAACAGCGUGGUCGUGGCCACAGUUUUUGCACCAAUAGUUUUUCCUCCUUGCUCUGUCUUAGCUUUUAAACCAGAUAAAAACAAUUUGCUUGAAUUAGUGGCAACUGGUAGUGUCCUCUCUGUGAAUCCAGACAGAAUCAUCCUCAAGCGGGUUGUUUUAAGCGGGCAUCCGCUCAAAGUCAGGAAGAGGUCUGCAAUUGUAAGGUUCAUGUUUUUCAAUCGAGAGGAUAUUGAAUGGUUCAAGCCUGUUGAGCUGAAUACCAAGUAUGGCCGUAGAGGUCACAUCAAAGAACCAUUGGGAACACAUGGCCAUAUGAAAUGUGUAUUUGAUGGUCAACUGAAAUCUCAAGACUCCGUUCUUCUAACACUUUACAAGAGGGUUUUCCCCAAGUGGACGUAUGAUACAUCUCUACCUGCUGUGACUCAUGAAAUGGACACUGAAUAAAUUUUUGUAAUUGUUUUUUUGAAAAAUUCUAAAAAAAAAAAAAAAUUAAAAUAAAAAAAUGAAGAAAAGCUCUAA